CAAUUUCUCGUUGAUCUGCGCUCAAACAGUGCAGAAAACGCACCACUUCAUAAUCCCACUUCCGCAGCUGGCCUAAUUAAUCGGAAGUAGCAACUCCAAGAAAAUCCAGCAUUCGACGGCGGCGGCGACGAAGAAGAUGACGAUGAAGCAAUGGCUGUUCCACCACCAGAAUCAGUCUCAGAGGAUGGCAUUCGCUGGCGUUUUCGCCAUUCUUCUCCCAAUUUUCUUCCCCCAUCUCUUCCGUCCCCUCGGCCGAGCCUCGCCGUCUCUAUUCUCUGAAUGGGUUGCUCCGAGACCAAGGCACUUGCCUCUGCUAAAAGCUGCUUCGAAUCGUCACAUUCCCAUUAGACAACAGUCUGAGCUUUGGGCUCCUUUGCCUGACCAAGGAUGGAAAGCUUGUAAUGAACCAACUACUGUCUCUUCAUUACCUGCACAUUCACAAGGGUAUAUACAAGUCUUCCUGGAUGGAGGGUUAAACCAGCAAAGAAUGGGAGUAAGUACCUGAGAAUUUGGUGCAAAUUAUCUUUGCUUCUUCCUCUCUUUGUGAUUCUUCUUGUUUGUCUGUGUCUUUUGGCUGUCAAAAAAGGUAUGUGAUGCUGUUGCAGUUGCUAUGAUACUCAAUGCAACACUUGUUGUUCCGCAUCUUGAUUUGAACCCUGUUUGGCAAGAUUCAAGUUCAUUCAGCGACAUAUUUGAUGUGGAUCAUUUUAUCAAUGUUCUGAGUAAUGAAGUCAAAAUAGUUAAAGAACCACCCAGAGAGUAUGCUUGGAGCACUAGAGAGUACUAUGCGACAGGUAUACGACCUACCCGAAUUAAAACAGCUCCUGUCCAUGCUUCUGCUCAGUGGUAUCAAGAAAAUGUCUUGCCUGUACUUCAGAGCUAUGGAAUAGUGGCAAUUGCCCCCUUUUCUCAUCGCUUGGCCUUUGAUCAACUGCCUACUCACCUCCAGCGGCUGAGAUGUAAAGUGAACUUUGAAGCACUAGCAUUUGUUCGUGAUGUCAAAGUGUUAGGAGACUUGAUUGUUAAUCGUCUUCGCAAUACCCAUCACCAAGCCUUGGGAUCAGAGUUGAGGGAAAACAUUGAUGGUUCUGGACAUGAAGGCUCAGGAAAAUAUGUAGUAUUACAUCUUCGAUUCGAUAAAGAUAUGGCUGCUCACUCAGCCUGUGACUUUGGUGGAGGUAAAACUGAAAAGCUUGCUCUGGCAAAGUACCGACAAGUGCUUUGGCAGGGAAGAGUGUUGAACUCUCAGUUCACAGACAAUGAGUUAAGGAGUCAAGGGCGUUGUCCAUUAACACCUGAAGAGAUUGGGCUGCUUCUGGCAGCUUUAGGCUUCAGCAACAAUACUCGCCUCUAUCUCGCAUCCCACAAGGUCUAUGGUGGAGAAGCAAGGAUUGCUACGUUGAAGCAGUUAUUCCCUCUGAUGGAAGAUAAGAAGACUCUUGCUUCGGCAGAUGAACUGGCUAAGGUUGAAGGGAAAGCUUCUCUAUUAGCUGCAGUUGAUUAUUAUGUCAGCUUGAAGAGCGACAUAUUCAUAUCUGCUUCACCUGGAAACAUGCACAAUGCAUUGGUGGGACACAGAGCCUAUUUGAAUUCGAAGACCAUAAGGCCAAACAUGGUGCUGUUAGGGCCAUUGUUCCUGAACAAGAGCAUGGUUUGGCCAGACUUUGAAGCUGCAGUUCUCAACGGUCACAGAAAUAGACAGGGCCAGAUUAGGCUGAGAAAGGAGAAGCAAUCCAUUUUCACCUAUCCUGCACCUGAUUGUAUGUGUAAAUCAUAACUUGCACGAUUUGUUGUUUGAAAAAAAAACAUUGACGGCCGUUUGUUAGAUCAUUGAGGCCCUUCGAUCCGACAUCAUGCUUUCUGGCUUCUGCAACUUGUAUAUUCAUGCAACUGCAGCCUGCAGUUGUGUCAGCGACGGCCGACGGACGUCAAGUAGCUCACUAUUUCGAUAUAUAAAUUGACAGAUUCACAAGGGUGGCAGUGGCUUAGAAACGAAGAAACUGGUUCUUGACUUCUUUCUACUAGGAGAGAAUACAUAUGUUUUAUAACGCAUUAGUUUUGAACUUCUGAUCUACUGUACUUGCAUUUUCACAUC